GUUGCUUCUCGGACGUUCCAGACAUUAACGGCGUGAUUUUGUGCUUUGUACCGGUGACCAUGUUCCGGGCGUUAUCUGCAUUUCGUGGUACAUUGGCUCCUGCUAGACACAGAAUUAUUCAAAGAUCUUAUGCUAAGGAGGUUAAAUUUGGAGCUGAUGCAAGAUCUGCUAUGUUGGUUGGCGUCGACAUACUCGCGGAUGCUGUCGCAGUAACCAUGGGCCCUAAAGGUCGUAACGUUAUAAUAGAAAGCUCGUGGAAAUCUCCCAAAAUUACCAAAGAUGGUGUAACAGUUGCUAAAGGCAUUGAGCUGAAGGAUAAGUUUCAGAAUAUUGGAGCCAAAUUGGUACAGGAUGUUGCGAACAACACUAAUGAAGAGGCUGGAGAUGGCACGACAACAGCUACAGUUUUGGCCCGAGCGAUAGCUAAAGAAGGGUUUGAAAAAAUCAGCAAGGGUGCAAAUCCCAUUGAGUUUCGAAGAGGUGUUAUGUCUGCCGUUGAUGCUGUCGUUAAAGAGCUCAAGUCUUUGUCAAAGCCAAUAUCAACUCCAGAGGAAAUAGCACAAGUCGCAACAAUAUCAGCCAACGGUGACAAAGCGAUUGGUGAUCUAAUUGCUACUGCUAUGAAGAAGGUUGGGAAUGACGGUACGAUAACUGUUAAGGACGGGAAAACUCUGCAUGAUGAGCUGGAGUUCAUCGAGGGCAUGAAAUUUGAUCGUGGCUACAUUUCCCCGUACUUCCUCAACACUGAAAAGGGGGCUCGGUGCGAGUUCCAAGAUGCUUUUGUAUUGUUUUCAGAGAAGAAGAUUAAUAGCAUCCAAACAUUAUUGCCAGCUCUUGAAUUGUGUCAUCAACAAAAGCGACCACUACUCAUAAUCGCUGAAGAUGUCGAGGGUGAGGCUCUCACAGCUCUUGUGCUAAACCGUCUAAAACUCGGUCUACAAGUUUGUGCAGUAAAAGCUCCGGGUUUCGGAGACAACCGUAAAAAUACUCUUAAAGACAUGGCAGUGGCGACUGGUGGGAUGGUAAGUUCUUUUCAUGUUACAUUUUCUAGAUCUUUGGUUGACAUAGAAACUAAUGUUUCUAUUUCUACUUUGUCUAGGUGUUCGGCGAUGAAGCAGAUUUGUACAAGUUGGAAGAUGUACAACUGCAAGAUUUAGGACGUGUAGCUGAGGUCGUAGUAACUAAAGACGAUUGUCUGUUGAUGCGUGGUCGUGGAAGUAAAACGGAUGUCGACAAACGUAUCGCUCAAAUCAAAGAAGAAAUGGAAGCUUCUAACAGUGAGUAUGAGAAAGAAAAGAUGCAUGAGCGUCUAGCCAAGCUGUCUAACGGUGUUGCAGUUAUCAAGGUUGGUGGAAGUAGUGAGGUAGAAGUCAGUGAAAAGAAAGAUCGGUACACCGACGCACUUAACGCAACACGAGCAGCGAUUGAGGAAGGUAUAGUUCCCGGUGGUGGUACUGCUUUGCUUCGUUGUAUUCCAAUCUUAAAAUCGCUGGAAACCAAAAACGAAGAUCAACGCACAGGUGUUCAAAUAGUUUUGCGUGCACUUUCAACUCCCUGUUAUACCAUUGCACAUAAUGCCGGGGUCAACGCCUCUGUUGUUGUGGAAAAGGUCAUGGGCAUGGGUCCAAAUAUGGGUUAUGACGCUCAGAAUGAUGUUUAUGUCGACAUGAUCGACGCUGGGAUUAUUGAUCCCACCAAAGUAAGUACAUAUCCUUUAGCAAUUUGGAUAAAUCUGGGUAUAACUUGUUGAAUUAAUUGCGUACUUUUCCAUUUUAGGUCGUUCGAACUGCUUUGGUUGAUGCAGCUGGCGUCGCUUCUUUACUGACAACUGCAGAGACCGUGGUAACUGAUUUGCCAAAAGAAGAGUCAGGAGCAAACGCUGCAGGAAUGGGUGGGAUGGGAGGUAUGGGUGGCAUGGGUGGUAUGAUGUAGUGGCGAACUACACAUCUUUUGCAUUUUGGCGAUAUUUUUUACAUUGUAGUUGGUUAAUUUUGGUAGAUAUUCCAAUUGUUCAAAGUCCCUUAUUUUCCCUCAAAUAUACAUAAUUGAUUUG